UCUCAGGGGUCUGAGUUUCAGAACUAAGCUCCACAAAGUUCGAUUUAAUGCUUGCGCAUUCUCCGAUCAACGACUUCCUUCGAGAUUAACUUCGCGAUGGGACACUUGUGUAGCAAAAGUGUUUCCGAUGUCAACCACGACACUGGAAUUUCCGGCGGCAGCCAUACGAGAUCUUCGCAUUCCGGUGCCUCUCCGAUCGCUUAUGGAGAUGUUUAUUCAAGACCUGAAGAAUUCAGGCAGUCCUACUCAGUGUCAGCGACGGGGAGUCCAUUUUCGAGUCCUCUACCUGCUGGAAUAGCGCCGUCACCAGCUAGAACUCCGGGGAGGAAAUUCCGAUGGCCUCUGCCGCCUCCUUCCCCGGCUAAGCCGAUCAUGGCUAUUCUACGGCGGAAAUCGCGCAAGGCUACGAUUCCAGAGGAAAACCGAAUUGGCGAAGAGGGAGUGGGAGAGAUUCAGUUGGAUAAAAGCUUUGGAUACUCGAAGAACUUUGGUGCGAAGUUCGAGCUCGGGAAGGAGAUUGGGAGGGGCCAUUUUGGACAUACUUUUUGGGCCAGAGGUAAAAAGGGCGACCUCAAAGGAAAGCCCGUCGCCGUCAAAAUCAUCUCCAAAUCUAAGCUCAAUCUGUUCGUUGAUUUAAUUCAUUCUAGACGCUGUUUUCACAACACCUAUAGUUCUUGUGCAGAUGAACAUCUGAAUGAUGUCGUUGGUAGUGCAUACUAUGUUGCACCUGAAGUUCUCUACAGAUCUUACAGCCAUGAAGCAGAUGUGUGGAGCAUUGGUGUCAUAGCAUAUAUCCUGUUGUGUGGAGGCAGACCUUUCUGGGCAAGAACUGAAUCAGGAAUCUUUCGUUCCGUGCUAAGAGCCGAUCCUAACUUCGACGAUUCUCCUUGGCCUACCAUCUCUGCAGAAGCUAAAGAUUUUGUCAAACGGCUCCUGAAUAAAGACCAUAGAAAAAGAAUGACAGCAGUCCAAGCUUUAACGCACCCGUGGUUACGAGAUGAAAACGUUGCUGUGCCUUUGGAUAGUUUCAUAUACAAGUCAGUUAAAGCAUAUCUUCGUGUAACCCCAUUCAAGCGUGCAGCAUUGAAGGUAAUGCUGCUAACUUCUAGGGGCACAUAGAUGCUAUUGCUAUGCAG